AUGGCUCUCUUCUCGAACUUCUCCAACGACUUUGCGCCGCUGUUCCAACUUCUGGAUGACUAUGAUUCCCACCGCUCCUGUCCUCCCAAGCAGAAAGUGACCCCCGUUCGCACGUUCUCUCCUCGCUUUGAUGUCUACGAAGCCAACGAUGGCUAUCACCUGAAUGGGGAGCUUCCGGGAGUCGACCAAAACAACGUCGAGAUUGAGUUCACCGAUCCUCACACGCUCGUCAUCAAGGGCCGUGCGGAACGCACAUACUCCACUUCCAGCCAGCAAGAAUCGGCUGAUGACACAACAAGCGACGCUUCUUCGUCGAAAUCUCGUCAGCCUACAGUCGAAGAUGAAGAUGACGCCGACGCCAAAUCAGUCAGCUCCUCCACCAGCAAAUCGAAGCAGGUCGUUCCGCAGAAGCAACAAUCCGAACCGACAUACAAAUUCUGGGUGUCCGAGCGGUCUGUUGGGGAGUUCCAUCGGGCCUUCUCUUUCCCCACCCGCGUGUGA